AUGUCUUACUUAUUCUUUUUCUACUUUAUAUCUUUAGUAAUUUUUAGUCUUAUUAAAUUUGCAUGCUCUUUGAGCUAUUUUAGUGGUGGCACUGACUUCAAAUCAUUUUAUAUUAGUAGUAAUAACAAAUUAUAUUAUGUUGGAUUUCAAUCUUUUUCUAUAGAUUUAACAGGAGUAUCAUUAGAUGGAAAUACCAUUGUUGAUUCAUCUCAAUGGAUUCAAUUUAAUAAUACGAAUUACAGUCUCACUCAAACGCCAUUCUUAGGUGGAAAAGCAAACGAUAAAUUUUACUUUGCAACUGAUGCCACUUAUGGGACUUCUACUGGAAUAUUUCUCGACACAUAUGACACCACAUUAAAUAAUUGGAAUAUGAAUAUAAGUUUUACUGGAAAACCUAGUAAAUACUUUGAGUCAUUCCGCGCAUGGACCUCUGAUGGAAGUACAGGAAAAUCAUACUCUAUUCAAUCUAUUUCUAAUGUUAUAGAUAUUUUUGAUACAAUCAAUUUGGUGUGGACAAAUAGUUCAUUAAUUCCACAGUUAUAUUCAACUUAUGUUGGUUCAGAUUUAUAUGGUCCUCCUCAAACUUUGGUGAACGGCCAGCUUUUAUAUUUUGGUCAACCUUCUGGAGCUCAAAUAACAUUAAUGACCAGCAUAUUAUCAUAUAAUAUCUUAACUGAUUCAUGGCAACUUAUUAACACUACAGGUAAAGUCCCAGGUAUACGUAGUGGUCAUACAAUUGUCUCGACCUCAGAUGGACGUAUUAUUAUGUAUGGUGGGACUACCAAUAAGCUAGCAGCUAGCCCAUCUAUAGUAGUCUUGAACUUUUCUAAUUAUGAAUGGACAGUGCCGACUGAGAUAAAUCCUAUUGGGCCACUUACUGGGCAUACAUCAAUCAUAAUUAAAAAUUAUAUGAUUACAGCAUUUGGUACAAACGUGACAGAAAGAGACGUUCUUAAGCAAUCUAGUAAAAGCAUUUAUAAAUUGGAUAUAUCAGAUCCAUUAAAUUAUAAAUGGUCAUUAUUAUCUACUUACGCAUCACCGACAUUUAGCAUACCAUCAGUUAAUAUCCCAACAUUUCCAUCAUCAUAUAAAGGCUCUUCUGCUGAUAAUAAUUCACCGAAUAAUGGUUUAUUUAUUGGAAUUGGUGUUCUUGUAGGUGUAAUAGCAAUUUUGUCUUUUGCCGGAUUUUUAUAUUAUAAUAGUUCUAAAAAAAAUAAUCAAGAAGAUUAUAUUGCAACUCCUGGUACUAUGCAUUAUAAAAAUAAUGAAGAAGAUUAUAUUGCAACACCUGGUACUAUGCAUUAUAAAAAUAAUGAAGAAAAUUACAUUGCAACGCCUGGUACGAUUAGAGAGGGGCAAAAUGCGCAUAAUUACAUAUGA